AAGAUUAACCUGGAGUUCUAUAUUGACAUCCAUGCCCACUCCACCAUGAUGAAUGGCUUCAUGUAUGGGAACAUCUUUGAAGACGAGGAAAGAUUUCAACGACAGGCUGUUUUUCCCAAGCUACUCUGUCAGAAUGCUGAAGACUUCUCUUAUUCCAGUACAUCAUUCAACAGAGAUGCUGUGAAAGCAGGGACAGGCCGGCGUUUUCUUGGUGGGCUGUUAAAUGAUACGUCCUACUGCUACACUCUAGAAGUCUCAUUCUACAGCUACAUAUUGGGUGGACCUAAUUCUGCUGUCCCCUACACAGAAGAAGCAUAUAUGAAGCUUGGAAGAAAUGUGGCCAGGACAUUCUUGGAUUACUACAGGCUGAACUCCUUGGUGGAGAGACCACUGGCACCUACUCCUAAAACUCGGAAAGAAAAAGCGCCGCUUUUUAAAUGCACUACCCAGCGGGGCCAAGGGAACAGCCAUGCUGGCGGCAAGCCAGAGAAGAGGAGCCAGGCACAUCUGAAGGACCAGUCUCUCUCCACGCAAAAUGCUUCCUUUCGGCUGAGAUAUCCCAAGCUUUUAGUUGGACAGAAAGGACAGAUUGGAGACCCAGUUACCCAUAUGGGAAGUGAUGACAUCCCAUUUGUCAACUCCCAUGCUGACUAUGGCAAUAUUGUAUACAGGAAUUCCCGGGAGAAGGUUCUACAAAAAUUGGAAUCUCUCUAUAACCAUGUUAUGAGAUUUACUGGUGUGGAUAAAAUGGGCAGAGUUAAAAUUACCAGGCUGGCUAUCUCUAAAAGACAGUAUCAGUAUUCAGUGGUCCAUAGCCACGGUUUAAUAGCAGAGAGCAACUUCACUGGGUCGCUGCAAGCCCAGGGCUACAGGGAAGAUGUGCACCGAUACAGCUGCUGCCGCCACGGCCAGGAGCAGUCUGUCCAUAUAAGCGCGUGCACCCUGCACGCACCGUUCAGCGGGGGAGGAUGGCCCACAGCCUGCCGACUGCCUCAGCAUCGCCCUGUAAAUGCAACCGGGUCACCUCCAGGCACGGAAGAGCCAGGCUACCUGGAGCCACACACUCCAGACCCAGCAGAGCUGACCAACCAUCGUCUCAUCCGUUCUCUGGGG